AGCCCCCAACAGUGAGGGGGAGGGAGGCUAGAAAGGGAAAACUAGGUGGUAGUGGUGGCUCUGGAUGGGGGGGGGUGGUUGGUGGAGAAGAAGGGGAAAAAAAAAUCGACAGUCACACAGCCAGUCGCAGGCCAGCAGCAGCUGUCACUGUGAAGGGACAGUGCUCCUACAGUGUGUGAAGGAGUCCGGGCAACCAGGAUGUCCCACAAGAGCGACCCCAGGGACAUUGACGAGGAUGCCAUCCUCAGAGGCCUCAGCGCCGAGGAGCUGGACCAGCUGGACUGUGAGCUCCAGGAGAUGGACCCAGAGAAUGCCAUCCUCCCGGCUGGGUUCCGCCAGCGUGACCAGACGAAGAAAAGCCCAACCGGACCCUUUGACCGAGAUGCGCUGCAGGAAUACCUAGAGAAACAGGCUCUGGAGCAUGAGGACCGGGAAGACCUGGUGCCCUUUACCGGGGAGAAGAAGGGAAAAGCUUUUGUCCCCAAACCCGGCUCUGGGCAAAUCCCCAUAUCCGAGCAGAUCACUCUGGAGCCGGAGUUGGAGGAGGCACUGAAGAACGCUACGGAUGCAGAGAUGUGUGACAUUGCAGCCAUCUUGGGAAUGUACACGCUGAUGAGCAACAAGCAGUAUUACGACGCUCUCGGCCUUGAGGGGAGAAUCGCUAACACAGAAGGCAUAAACAGUGUGGUGAAGCCGGACACGUACAAAAUCUAUCCGGAUGAGCCACCCAACCCAACUAACGUUGAGGAAACCAUUCGCAAGAUCAGCAAAAAUGACAGCAGCUUGAAGGACGUCAACUUGAACAACAUCAAGGACAUUCCCAUCCCCAAACUAAAGGAAAUGUUUCAUGCCAUGAAGUCCAAUACCAAGGUGAAAUCACUGAGCAUCGCCGCCACCCGUAGCAACGACCCUGUUGCCGUGGCCAUCGCUGAGAUGCUGGCAUCCAACAAAACCCUUCAAAGUCUUAACAUUGAGUCCAACUUCAUUACCGCAGAAGGCAUGAUGGCUAUCAUCAAAGCCCUGGGCCAGAACACCACGCUGAAGGAGAUUAAGAUUGACAACCAGAGACAUCAGCUGGGAGACUCAGUGGAGAUGGAGAUUGCCAACAUGCUGGAGAAAAACCCUUCCAUUCUCAAAAUUGGGUACCAUUUCAAUCAGCAGGGUCCACGUGCCCGCGCUUCCAUGGCGAUCACCCGAAACAAUGACAUCUUCCGCAAGAAGAGAGUAAAAUGAAAAGCAGCGUCCAAGGCUGAUAGGUUUGUCCGCUCACCUACAGAAGCCACCCUGUACAACUACUGCAACAAAAGCCCCGUAACCCCCCAGCGCUGGAUUAUAUGCAUUGUGCCGUAAUGCCUUAAAGCCCCUCCCCCUUCAGUGUCACUCUGUCUCCACCGUGUCGGCCAUUCGUCGAAAAAUGUGCAAAGUCCACCAUCCCGUCGUCUGAGUUCUGCAACCCCGCUGCAGCUGCGUGUGAGUGAGUCAUUCAUCUGGGUGGAAGGUCUCUUUCUGACACCCGGAGGUCCUGCGCAGGCCCAGUCGUAACGCUUACAGAGCGGCCAUGUCUAAAGAAAGAGCAAAGCCGCGUGACGCCGUCAACAUCCGAUCAGCAUGAAAGCUUUGAGACCAGCGCUCGACCUCAGACUGCUGCUAUAGGGCAAAACGACAAAAUAUCCUAUUCUGUAAAUAAUAUGAAUAAAGGUUAAAUUCUC